CAAGCGACCGCGGUCAGGGGUCAUUGAUGACGUAGUAUGGCUCGUGGUGAUUGGAAGCUUCGCGGGAAAACGUCAAAACAACAAAACGGCUCUGAUGGACACGAGUGACUCGUUAAGAGUUUAAAGUUUAAUCAAAUAAAUAUUUUUUUUUUAAAUCAUCUGUCGGACAAAGCUUAUCUAGGUCCUCUUAACCUGCGGCGACACGUGAACACUACAACACCUGAGCUAGCUGCACCGUUAGCUUCAGGCUAACACCACCGUCAGAAGGAGCUAAUCGGUUAGCUUAGCAUUAGCCCGGGGAUUAUCGGACAGGCGGCGGAUAAACGGAACCGGAGGAACCGGACCGGGUCUGAGGAAAUGGCGGAGAGGCCAGAAGACCUGAACCUUCCCAAUGCGGUCAUCACUCGCAUCAUCAAAGAGGCGCUCCCAGAUGGCGUGAACGUGUCUAAAGAAGCAAGAAGAGCCAUUUCCCAGGCGGCCAGCGUCUUUGUGUUGUACGCAACGUCCUGCGCCAAUAACUUCGCCAUGAAGGCCAAAAGGAAGACGCUGAAUGCUGGAGACGUGCUGGCCGCCAUGGAGGAGAUGGAGUUCGAACGUUUCCUGGAGCCGCUCAGAGAAGCUCUGGAAGUUUACAAAAAGGGCCAGAAGGGGAAGAAGGAAGUUUCUGAGCAGAGACGCAAAGACAAAGAGAAGAAAGUCGACUCUGAGAACGACAAGAGCCGAGAGGAGGAGGAGGAAGAGGAGGACGAGGAGGAGGAGGAGGAGCAGGAGGAGCAGCAGCGCAUGGAGGAGGAGAACCAAGCUGAGAACGAUGCUGAGGAGGAGGAGGUGGAGAACUGAGGUCCCUGAAGGCAUCGCCUCGUCUUCUGAAGCAACAAUCAUCCUGAACGCAGCCAGUCAGAGCUGAUGCUUCCUGGUCAAUCUGAGACCGGAACCAGAACUAAAAGGAUCCAGACCUGUUCCCUUCAGACUGGACUAGAGUCUAGAGUCUGGUCUCUGAGGCCGUUAUUCCCUAAAACUCCUUUUGUUUGUACUUUUGUAGAACGUGUAAACAACAUUUCAAUAAAUAAUUUUGUAUGAAAAUCAAA